CCUAAGCGGACAGCAGUGUGGCCCAACGCACCAGGUACCAUGCGACUGGAAGCGAUCCGCUACUCUCCGGGCUCGCUGCAGAUCCUCGACCAGCUGCAACUGCCUGAGCACUGCCGCUAUGAGACUUUGGGCUCGGCGCAGCAAGCCAGGGAGGCCAUCCGCGCCAUGAAGGUGCGCGGCGCCCCCGCCAUCGCGCUGGUGGGCUGCCUCAGCCUGGCGGUGGAGCUGCGGGCGGGCGCCGGCGGUCCUGGGCUUGCCUCUCUGCUGGCCUUCGUGCAAGACCAGCUGAGUCUCCUUGUCGCCGCCAGGCCCACCGCUGUCAACAUGGCCCGUGCCGCCAGAGAUCUGGCUCGCGUGGCAGCCCGGGAGGCGGAGCGCGAGGGUGCCACGGAGGAGACGGUGCGGGAAAGCGUGAUCCGCUUCGCCGAGGAUAUGUUGGAAAAGGACCUCAGAGAUAACCGGAACAUCGGGGACUUGGGAGCCCGCCACCUCCUAGAGCAUACCAACCCCAAGGGUGGCAAGGUGACUGUGCUAACCCACUGUAACACUGGCGCUCUGGCCACUGCUGGCUAUGGGACAGCCCUAGGUGUGAUCCGUUCCCUGCACGAGAUGGGACGAUUAGAACAUACCUUCUGCACAGAGACCCGGCCCUAUAACCAGGGAGCCCGGCUGACAGCCUUUGAGCUGGUAUACGAGAAGAUUCCUGCUACUCUAAUCACUGACAGCAUGGCAGCUGCUGCCAUGGCACACCGGGGUGUAUCAGCUGUGGUAGUGGGAGCUGACCGUGUCGUUGCCAACGGAGACACAGCCAACAAAAUAGGCACAUACCAACUGGCCAUUGUCGCCAAGCACCACGGAAUCCCCUUCUACGUGGCUGCCCCCAGCUCAUCCUGUGAUCUCCAACUGGAAACUGGCAGGGAGAUUGUCAUAGAGGAACGCCCUAGCCAGGAGCUGACUGACCUGAAUGGAGUCAGGAUUGCUGCACAGGGAAUCAGGGUUUGGAAUCCUGCCUUUGAUGUUACCCCCCACGAACUCAUCACUGGUGGCAUCAUCACUGAGCUGGGUGUCUUUGCCCCUGAGGAGCUCCGAGCAGCCCUAAGUGCCUCCGUCUUCUCAGAGGGACAGACCCUAGAUAAUCCCCAGAUGUGACUUGCUGGCUUCUGCAACCUCCCUGACCUGCUCUGGUUGCUCUAGUUUUAUAAUAAAGUUCUCAAAUGGCUA